AUGAUAGCGGCAGCCGCAGUGAUUCCCGUAACUUUGCGAUAUAUACCUGUUUUAUCAAAAUCCCGAACCGGUAUUACGACGACGACUCAGAGUGAGAAAAAAAUCCUAAUCGGCCGAUGAACGCAAGAGUCAUCAUUUCUUCCUUGACUAAAUCUUUGAUCGUAUCAUCGUCAUUAUUUGCCGAUAUAUUUCAUUGGUUGAUCGAUCUAAAUCAGUAGUCAUUUUACAGUUGAUUGUGGUCAAUUGGAUUCAAUUCGAUAGCGGAUACGCGGAACUUUACUUAUAUGCAUGUCAAUUUUGCUAUAUAAGGAAACGUCGUUGAGGUGUUCCGUCAUUCUUUAAGUGCGGUUUUCCCUGUCAAUUCGGCUCUUAAUUCCUCUCUUCAACAUUCUUAAUAAUGAAGGCGCUAUUGAUUGUGGUCGCAUUACUCGUAGCCGUCGAGGCUCAAGCUCAUCAAGGAUGGCCAUAUUAUGGCCAUAGUGCCGGAAAUGGAAGAGGAUUUAAUUAUCCUGGCCGUGGUCCUUGGGCAUAUCCGCAGCAACAGCAGAAUCAAAAUAAUAUAUAUGGUUCCGAUGUCGAAUGGGUUUGCCAAAAUCCGAAAACAAAUGACAUGAUGAUUAUCGCUACUGAUAACACACGACGACAGCAUCCUGGUGGAGGACCAUGGUGGCAAUCGCAAAAUCCAGGACACCAAGGAAAUCGUCAUCAGCAUGGAAAUCAAUGGGAACAACCGAUUAUUGUCGUCGAACAAGAACCUACUAAUUCUAACACUAAUAAUAACAGAUUACCACCGUUAUUCCCGCAAACAUCAGAAACUCCUAACAACAACAAUAAUAAUAAUAAUAAUAACAAUCAACCACAAUCAACCACGCCACCUUAUCACGGCGGAGAAGGAAUGAUAGAUAUUAGAGUUGCACAAUAAACAAUAAAUAUAUAAUGUAGAAAUAUAUAAAAUCUAUAAGAUUUUAAUGUAAGAUUUCUAUUUUUUAAGAGGAAAUCGCUUUUUAUAAUUGUAUAACAAAUAAAAAUAAAAAUAUGCACAAUUGUGUAUACAUAUCGAAUCUA